GCUAGAUUUCUGGGAUAUUCAAACAGGGGGAAACUUUCUGACAACAAGUAGGGACAAAAAGGAAAUCAAGAAAAAAGAAUAAUGAGAACUGCUCUGGUGGUCCUGGUGUUAACUUUAUCAGCUUUGACAGUUGCAGACGCAAAGACUCGCUUCUCACGCUACCGAUCAUGGAACUCACGGAUGUAUCCGGUGUGGAGAGAUGGAGAUUCCAGAUACAGGAACUGCUGGAAAGGUGGAGAGGUGACAUUUGAUGUCAGAAAUGAUGCACCAACGUUGACGGGCGCAAAAGCAACCUUCAACAUUGAUGUGCGUUUCCCCCCAAAUCAAACAUUGCUCGAUGAUGGACAAGUAGUGUGGGCUAGAAACUGCACCGUUGAUGGAACUGAGUACCAGGCAGGGCAGCCAGUGUAUGCGGAGCGCAACACACCAGACGAGUGGAACGGUGUCUUCCCUGAUGGCAGCCCCUACAGGGGCAGCUCUGGCAGGAAACCACGCUACAUCUACGUGUGGAAGACCUGGGGACGUUUCUGGCAGGUGGCAGACGGCCCCGCCUCCUUCCUGACCAUCGGCACUGAUAACGUUCCCCUGGGCUCCUACAACAUGGAGGUGGUCAUCUAUCACUGCCGCGGCAAAGACAGGUUCAUCCCCCUGGGCUACGCCUCCACCCAGUUCUCCAUCACAGACCAGAUUCCUUUCAGAGUUGCCAUCUCCCAGGUCAAUGACGUGAACCAGGCUGACCAGAGUUUCGUCCAAAAUCGUGCCGUCUCCUUCAACAUCAACCUCCACGACCCCAGCCAGUACCUGAGUAGCUCAGAUGUGGCCUUCACCUGGGACUUCGGAGACAACAGCGGGACCCUCAUCACCCGGGAAAACACCGUCACACACACAUAUGUCUCUGCCGGCGCCUUCAGGCCUCAGGUGGUCCUCAUGGCCUCCAUCCCCAACACCUGUGAUCCCAACCCAACCAUCGGAGGAGCCACAGUCCAGCCCACUCUCCCACCUGUGGAUCCUGACACCACAGGAGAUGAUUCUCUAGUUCCAGUAGAGGAGGUCUCUGCAGGUGCAGCACCGGCCGCUGAUGUCCCCGUCCCCACCGAAGCUGGAGACAUCGCCUUGGCGGUGCCAGCCUCCGCCGCUCCAGCUGCUGAGGGAGCUGUGGUAGACACUGACGCUGCUGCUGCGGAUGGCGCCACGGUGGACACGGCUGUAGACGCUGCUGCUGCUGAUGCUGAUGCUGCUGCUGCCACGGACACGGCUGUUGAUGCUGCUGCUGCCGAUGCUGCGACUGUUGAUGCUGCAGCAGCUGAUGCUGCGACUGUUGAUGCUGCUGCUGCCGAUCCUGCGACUGUUGAUGCUGCAGCUGCCGAUGCUGCAACUGUUGAUGCUGCUGCUGCCGAUGCUGCGACUGUUGAUGCUGCAGCUGCCGAUGCUGCAACUGUUGAUGCUGCUGCUGCCGAUGCUGCUGCUGCCGAUGCUGCGACUGUUGAUGCUGCUGCAGCUGAUGUUGCGACUGUUGAUGCUGCUGCUGCCGAUGCUGCUGCUGCUGAUGCCACUGCAGCUGCUGCAGACACAGAAGUUGCCGCUGCUGAGGCUGUUGACACUGCCACUGUGACUGUGGCUGAAGACCCAGCUGUCCCAGUUGCUGAGGCUACCGUUGUUCCAGUCGCAGAAAUGGCAGCCGACGCCGAAGCUGUUGCUGUGGACACUGCAGUUGUCGAUGCUGAUGCUGCUGUUGCUGGAGAGGACGUUACCGUAGAACUGGCAGCUACAGUUCUCCCAGAAGCCCCUGCUGCAGAGGAUGCUGCUGUUGCAGUUGCGGACGCGGCAGCAGUGACUGAGGUUGCGGCCCAGGCUGAGGCCGAGGGAGCAGUUGCGGAUGUGGAGGUCGUUGCUGCCCCCACGGUGGCCGUGGUGCCUGUGGCUGAUGAAGAUGAGGUUAUAGUGACCGUGAAUGACGCUGUUGCCACAGAGGCUGCUGUGAUCGCUGCAGCCACUCCUGGGGAAAAUGAAGUAGUAGUGAAUGUAAUUGUAACUGCAGCUCCAGUGCCGCCCACAGUAGCAGCAGUGGUUAAUGAGAUUGGUGCUGAGGUGGAGGUGGAGGCAGGCACGGAGGUGGCCCAGGUGGCUCUGGUCAUCGCCAAGAGACAGGCUCCCGAGUUACCACCGGCAGAAAAUGGCUGCAAUGUUUUCCGCUAUGGCUCCUUCUCAACUGACCUUCAGAUUGUCCAGGGGAUUGAGAAUGCCGAGAUUGUGGAGGUGAAUAACGUGGUGACGUUGGCUACAGAGGUGGAUCAGAAUGCUGUCGAUCUCACUAUCACCUGCCAGGGCAGUCUGCCCAGCGAGGUGUGCACGGUGGUGUCAGGAGCCGACUGUGCCACGCCGGUGCAGACGGUGUGCAACGCCGUGGCUCCCGCUCCCGAGUGCCAGAUGAUCCUCCGUCAGUUCUUCAACGACACCGGCAUCUUCUGCAUCAACGUGUCGCUCACCAACGACGUCAGCCUGGCCGUCGCCAGUGCCAUGGUCAGCGUGACAGCGGGACCAAAUUCAUCAGCAGGUGGCGCCAUUGGAGCAGUGAUGGGGAUUCUGGUACUUGCCUGUGCAGUUGGGAUCAUUGGUUUGGCCUACCGGCGCUUUAAGCAGUACAGGCCUCUGACGGAGGACUCGUCAGACAGCUCUGGAAGGACCUCGGUACCCCUGCUACUCUGGAACCUUCUCAGUCGCCACUCAGCGGGGGAAAGUCGUCCUCUGCUUCAGGGACGCGUGGUGUAAAACGUCUUAACGAGUGUGUGUGUGUGUGUGUGUGUGUGUGUGAGAGAGCUAGAGAGGAGAGAGAAAGAGGAAACACACGUGCUGUCUUUCUCUCUAUCACACACACACUAACACAUAUACAGAAUAGACACACACAAGCAUACACAUACUAGCACAACACACAAUCCACAGCUGUGUUGGUCCCUGUUGAUGCACUGCUGAUAAUAAAAUAAACAUGUGGAAAAAAAUGUAUACAUUUUGUAAACAUGAGAAGAGAAAAGAGAUCAUUACAGGAUUUUUUCUACCUAGUAUUGCGCACACAAGUGUAUAUAAAUAUAUACCAUAUUAUUUCG